AAACGCGUCUCACGUGGCCGAUUGGCGAAACCCGUGACGCUAAACUUGAACAUCUUUGGGCAUUAUUAUUAUUCUUAGUAGUAUUAGUAUUAGUAUUAUUAUUAUUUUAUAAGAAUAAUUAUUAUAAGAAUAAUAAUUAUUAUUAGAUUUUUUUUUUUUUUUUCAUCUCCGUGAGCAUGGUGAACGCGCUCCGCUCCCUGCUCGUGUCCGUGAGUCUGGCCGCGGUGGCGCGCCUGUCCUCCGCCGUGGGAGCGGUGAUCCGCUGCGAGCCGUGUGACGCCGGAGCGCGGACGCUGUGCGACCCCGUGCCCGAGGACUGCGUGGAGCGGGUGCGCGAGCCGGGCUGCGGUUGCUGCGUGACAUGCGCGCUGGCCGAGGGUCGAGCGUGCGGGGUUUACACGGGGCGCUGCGGUGCGGGGCUGGUCUGCCGACCCCGGCCGGGCGAACCGAGGCCGCUGCACGCGCUGCUGGAGGGACGUGGGGGGUGUGUGAAUCAGACCGCACCUCCUCCCGUCAGCGCGCGACAAGUCGAGAGUGCCAGGAUGCCUGAGGAAGAUUCCAGCAGCAACACAACAAGUCCGUCGGUGCCAGCUGGACACGAGCAGUCAACGGAUGUCUUUCCCUCCCUCGGUCAGCGUCCCCCACCCUACUGGCGUAACCCUAAAUCUAAGGACCUCCAACGUGAGCAACUCCGGAAGAGCCAGAGCUUCAAAAUAGAGGAACCUCUGGCAGUUGCCCCUUCCAACCAUGAGAACAUCGCCUUCGAGUCCAAGCAUGAGCGAGAGUAUGGUCCAUGCCGAAUCGAAAUGGAUGGCAUACUUAACAUGCUGAAGAUCACCGACAAGGUGAACCCCCGAGGCUUCCGCAUCCCAAACUGUGACAGGAAAGGCUUCUACAGGAAAAAACAGUGCUGGCCGUCUAAGGGCCGAAAACGCGGCAUAUGCUGGUGCGUAGACAAAUACGGCCAGCCCCUUCCAGGCUUCGAUGGAAAGGAGAGAGGAAAUGCGCAGUGCUACACCAUGGACAGCCAAUAGAAAAGAGCAGACGGGUGAAGGAACGAGAACGCGAGAUCGAUGGAGUGUGUGUGUGUGUGUGUGUGUGUGUGUGUGUGUGUGUGUGUGUGUGUGUGUGUGUACACUGAAGAAUCUCCACACUCAGACCCUCCAUCUCAGACUCGUACUGUACGUCGGUCCUCCUGGGAAAAAAAUAUCGAUGGGGGAGCUUAAAAUUCUAGGCUUUCCUGAGCUUCCACGAGCUCUAAUUUAUUUCUGUGCUCCACGCGUUUGCAGCAGUGGAACCCUAGAUGCUUGCAGGAGAGAAAGAAUUUGAUGGAUGAAGGGAUGUGGGUAUGUCUCAGGAGGCAGUAGAGCUGUAAUGAGUGGACGCAAUUGAGACGAGGCUGACCGCAAAAAAAAAAAAAAAAAAAAAAGAGGACAUGGAAGAAGGCACUACCGCUACAGAGCACUUCCUAAAAGUUGUGUGUGUGUGUGUGUGUGUGUGUGUGUUAUGUGUAUGUGGCUAUUAUAAUAACUUUACCAUGUUCAUACCUAUCAGUGGCUUUUCAAAGCUUAGUUUCACCGUUAAUACACACCUGUUGCGUAAAAUCGGGAAUUAGAACAAAAGAGUGAAUCGAUUGAAACGGAUUCCGUAUCACGAGCAUGUGCAUGAUGCAUGAGUACAGCGUGGGUAUAAACUCACCAUAUCAGGACUCAUCAUAAAACCUUCAUGGCUUCCAUAUCCACUUCCGUAUUAUUUCCUCUGCAUAUACAAUAUGUCUUAACCGUCGGUCUGAAAACGUCCUAUAAACAUGCCUGCAAUCACUUUAAGAGACAUUCUAAACAUAGCAACGCUUUUUUUCUUGCUCGAGUGACAGCCGGCCAUUUUUCUGGCUUUUAAACAAGUGUGUGAAGCUGAACUCUUUCCAGAAGACGUCCUUGUUCCACGCACCCUAACAUGAGCCAAAAUACGAUGUGUGUUUUUUUUUUUUUUUUUCCCCCAGACUGUGUAUAGAAAGAUUGUCAUGAUGUCACUAGAUUUUGCUUCAUUGCAUUAUCUUUCUAGGAAGUGAUGUUUGUUAUGAAAUUUCUGACUGUGGCUUUAAAUGUAUGCUGGAAUUUUUGGAUCACUUGCUCAGUCUUUUUUUUUUUUUUUUUUUUUCCCCUUUCUCCUUUCAAUGUUCUCACAACAGCCAACUGACUUAACGGUGUAAAAAUCCCCUAAUAGAGUAGAAUUCUGAAAAACCUCCAUCUGGCAUAAAACGUUCACAUUCCCAACUUGUGUAAAAAAAAAAAAAAAUUGGACAAUUCCUAACUGUUGUGAAAGUCUAAAACUUACAAAUAGUGUAAAAUUGUAAUAAAUAAAUAAAUAAAUAAAUAAAUAGAUAAAGCUCCGACGGUGUAAAAUAAAUAAAUAAAUAAAUAAUUUUUAAAAUGGUGAAAUCUUCAACUGGAGUAAAAUUCAAGAGCCUCUGACCUGUGUAAAAUUGGAACAUUCACAACUGGAGUCAAAUACUAAAACUCUCGCUAGCAUAAGCUUGUCAAAUCCCCAACUAGAUUAAAAACUCCAACAGGAGUGAAAACUCUAAGACUAGCAUAAAAUUCCCCAAAUAGAGUCAAAUUCAAAAGCAUCCAACUAGUGUACUACUAUAAACAAUGCCCUGGAGUUAACUGGAGUUCAACUGUAAAAUCUCCAAAUCCUAAAGUGCAAUAAAACUCAGACACAUUCCAUUUGUGUACGAUUCGCAAUUCGAGUGAAACUAGCGGAUGUAAAACUGUCAGAUGGUCACUUAAUGUAAAAUUCAUAAACUUUAGCUGGCGUCAAAAAAUUUUCAAUUCCCAACUGGCGUAAAAAAUCUUACUCCGUCCAACCGGUGCAAAUUUGUUAACGUCCUCAGCUGACGUGAACUUGAUUAAAAUGCUAACAUAGCCAAUGACGAGCUGAAACGUUUUAGCUUAUACACGUUUACACGUGUUCCAGUUUGGAGCCGAUGAUGGGGUCUGCACGUACUUUAUCCAUUAUUUCUAAUUCUAGAAAUCCAGUGAACUUUUUCUAACUGUUCCAUUCCUUCGUCUUGAGUCAGGUUUGGUAAAUGAAUCCUGAAAGACCCGAGGAAACGAUUCGAUCUCUGUGAAAACUGAAGCCGAAAGGCGUUCCAGUUUGAUGCGAAUCUUUUUUGCCAUCUGUAAAAGUCCGACAAACCUGCUUCGAAGAAUCAUCCGGAGUCGACGUGUAAUCGGGAAUUAUUACUUUUAAAAUAAAAUUUUUAAAUAUUUGAUUUGCUACAUUAAAAUCGUAUUGUAAGCCCAAACCCUACAGCGCUACCCAAGCCGGGUCACUAGGUCAGCUACAUACAAUGCUAAUUACUUAGCUAGCGCAUUAUAAAGCCCGUGUGAAUCUGUAAAUAGUUCGGAGUACAAAUCGGCGAAGCAACUGUUUCGACAACUUGACGAGAGUCUGAUCAAAUUCGCAUUAAAAUACGAGGCCAAAGACUUUAAUCACUGCACACUCUUCGCUUUAUUUUCGAUGUUUCUUUUUCACUUUUUUUUUUUUUUACAUUUUUUAAAUUCUUUUGUGACCAAAGGCAAACUUUGCUGCGAACAGGGAAACUUAGUACACAUUAAGCACCUACUCAGGCUUCUAGUGAUAUUCAAAUGCUUCAAGUACAGUACAAUGUAGCUAAGAGUAUGGCUUUUCUUUUUUCUUUUCUUCAUUAUACUGGCUUGUUUUGGACUAAAUCCCCAUAGUGAUAAGCUAUAAGUAAGAAAAUAAACAAGAAACCAAAUCUGCUACCUGGGGACAUUACAGCACACCAUGUGUAAACAGUAUUUUGACAUUUAUUAACUUGUGUGGCUAGAUUUUUAAAAAAAAAUUUUUUAUAAGUGUCAGGUUAUUCCCAGUGCCUUAAAACAGGGAGAUAUAUCUGUGUAUAUUUUUACUUUCAACAAUUAAAGAUCUAAUUUAAGGAA